AAAAAAACAACAACAGAAAAAUGCCCGACAAUAGAUCAUCAUCAUCAUCAAUAAAUGAAUUGAUGGCACAAGCCGAUGCAAUGCGUAUGAUACAACCGGAAGGAUCAUAUGAAUGGUUUGAUGAUAUGAUACCGAAAGCGAAAAAAUUAUUACAACAAAUUCAACGUGAACAAGCCAUUUAUUCAACCAACAAUGGUAAUGGUGAUGGUGAUGGUAUGACAACAAAAUUAUUUAAUAAAGUACGUGAUUGUUGUGAUACAUUUGAUAAUUGGAUACGACAAUUACAACGUAUACGUGAUGAUCUGGAAAAACAAAAAGGUAAUAUAUUGAAAAGUGAAAUGAAUCGUUUAUCCAUACAUAAUGGUGCCUAUGGUGCAUUUCGUGGUUUUUUGGGCAAAUAAAAUCAUCAAUCAAACAAACAAUUUAUAUGGCCAGCAAAAUAUAAAACAACAACAACAACAACAAUUC